GCUAGUUUGGUGUGACAUUGGAACAAGUAUAGGACCGUAUAAGUAGUUGAAUAGGCUGCUUCUGCUGCCCGGCUCAGCUCAGGAGGCUAACUAUCGCUGGGCACGCCUAUGUAAGGUAGCUGGUAGCUGCUGCUGCUGCGGGGCUCCAGAGCUGUUCAGCGGGCCGCAGGAGGAGGAGGAGGAGGAGGCAUCAACACUUGGAGGAUAUUUAUAGCAACCCGUGUGUGUUGCAGGGUGAUUCAGGAUGACGGACCAGCCUCCGUGGGAGCAGAUAGGAUCCAGCUUUGUGCAGCACUACUACCAAUUGUUUGACUCUGACAGAUCACAACUUGGAUCCAUAUAUAUUGAUCCGUCAUGCCUCACAUGGGAAGGACAACAGUAUCUGGGAAAAAGAGCAAUUGUUGAGAAACUGUCUAGCCUACCCUUCACAAAAAUAGCGCAUAGUAUAACAGCGCAGGACCAUCAGCCAACUCCAGACAGCUGCAUCUUGAGUAUGGUUGUUGGACAGCUAAAAGCAGAUGACGACCCUAUCAUGGGUUUCCAUCAGUGUUUCAUCCUGAAGAACAUUAAUGAUGCAUGGGUGUGCACCAAUGACAUGUUCAGGCUGGCCAUUCACAACUUUGUCUAACCCCCCUCGCCACUCUGGUGGGGCGACCAUAGUGAAGGGCACCAUGUGAUGAAGUAUGGAGGGAGGGGAAAGAGGAGUUGAGUAUGGAGAGAAGAGAGAACACUCAUCCCUCCCUCCUGCUGUCUCAUUUACGCCUGCUUGACAAACAAGCAAACACCGGAUUCUAGAUGUCAAUCACUGAACCUCAUCCAGGUGGGUUUUCAGACCACCCCAGCCAGUAGAACUGCGACGCGUUUCUUUGCUGAGAGCCGGCCAACCAAUCAGAUGCCCCCGUCUGCCACUCUGCUGAUCUGCAUGACGCUGGGAGUCCCCCAUUACAAUACCUACACUCAAGUCACCAGAAAGACUGACCGACGCCAUUAACUCAUGCUCUGCUCCGCUCUCCACCCUUUACUUAAUCCUACUCUACUGUUGACUCCACUGCUGUCAACUCAGUUCUGUUUUGCACUGCUGUUGACUGGUUCGUAGAUCCAUGUUCAGGUUCAGAGUCGACUUCAUCAGUUCCGACUUCUUAUGUUAUGAGUUGUUUUUAGAUGCCACUUGUGUGUUGCCUUAGUGUGUUUAACUGAGUUUUAUUCCUUUACACAACCGAUAACUUUGCCAUGAUUCACUCUCAUGCCAGGUUUUGCUCUCGCAAACCAAAGAAUCAUAGAGGACAAAGUUUGACCAUGCUGUGUGAUUGGUUCUGCAUAUUCUCUCUCUCUCACUCUCUCUUUACAUCUGUCUCUCACUCUUUCUGUUUCUCUCAAUCACGGUCUUUCUCUCUCUCUCUCUCUCUCUUUCUCUCUCUCUCUCUCUCUCUCACACACACACACACACACAUGUCUGGCAGUUAACAUGGACUACAGCCAUGAUAGACAAUAAAACCUGGACUUUUUUCUUAA